AUGACGCUGACCCACAGGUACCCGACGCCGCCCCAUGGACAGCCGCCCCGGGUGUACCAGGUCCGCAAGGCGCGUGAGCAGCAGUCUCGCCACGACAUGCGAGCUAACAGGCAAGCGGCAGUGCAGGCCCCGCAGCAGCAACCAGCGCCUCCUGGACAAUUCGGCCCACCGAGACCGAACCCAUGGGGGCCUCCGAGGCACCCCCUGCCCCCGACACUAGGUCAGUACCUGCCCAUGACGAGUGACAACAGGUUUGCACCCCUGCAGCAGCAGCACUGGGAGCCUAGCCACAAUGAGCUGGACUACCCAGUACUGGCAAACAAUCCCUGGAAUAAGAGGAGGGAGUUCAAGAAGAACCCACCUGGCCACAAAAAUGGCCAGGGCAAACCCCCGCGCCCCACAAACGACAGGCCCCAACAGCCCACGCAGGACAAGCUGGUGGCGACCAGGCUUACCCCAACACAGGCGAAGAAAGCGCCAACGCCCACACAGCCGCAGACCACACCUGUGGCCGCAAUGGCAGUCGACGCAGCACCAGAGCUGCCAACUGCCCCAACGACUCCCUCCAUCAGCGCACAGGCACCGCAGCUCGUGGACAUGCAGGCAGCCAUUCAAAUGCACGAAUCCAUCAAGGGGAACAUCCGACUGCAGAGUGCCAUCGGCCCUCUGUGCCAGCUCCUACUCAUCUGGCUAGACACAACCAAAUCCAUGGCUGACAAAAUUCGAGCCACCAUGGACUGCGUGUGCGUGAUCGAGACGUACGAGGCGGAGGAGUAA